GCACGACACCGCACCUGAGGACUGGACCAUUUGCGCAAUGACACUCCCUUGACACUCUUGCACCCACUCAGCAAUCCCAAGCCUCGCCGCCACCGGACGCCAUCUCGCCACUCAUUCCACGACCACUCCCACGACCAUGGCAAGCCUCCUGCCGUGGCUCCGCCUUCCCUUCUACCUGAGCGCUGCUGCUGUGAGCUUGGGCGGCGGAGCCCUCUACUACUUUCAGAACGAGAUUAUCUAUCCCCGGAAUCUGCCUCCUGGCACGCGAACAGAAGUGCCGAGGCCACCGCAGUUUGAUAUUGAGGACUACGAAGAACUGGAGAUUCCGACUCCCGAUGGCGAAACCUUGAGCGCCUUCCUCAUUCGGCCAGCCAACAGAACCCAGGCAAGACCCAUCACAAUCCUCAGCUUUCAUGGAAAUGCCGGGAACAUUGGACACCGUCUCCCUAUCGCCAAGGUGUUGUCACACGAUCUCGGCUGCACCACUGUGAUGCUCGAGUAUCGAGGUUAUGGUCUGUCUACGGGCGAUCCAAACGAGAAAGGCUUGGCCAUCGAUGCCCAGACUGGACUGGACUAUAUCCGGAACCGCGAGGAUUUGAAGGCUCACAAGAUCAUUGUGUAUGGUCAGAGUCUCGGCGGCGCUGUCAGCAUCGAUCUAGUCUCGAAGAACAAGGGAGCGGGAGACAUCAAAGGUCUGAUGCUGGAAAACACAUUCUUGAGCAUUGCAAAGAUGAUCCCCAAAGCGGUGCCGAUUGCAAGGUAUCUGGCUCCACUCUGUCACGAGUAUUGGCGCAGCGAGGACCUGAUUCCUCAGAUCACGGAUGUCCCGAUUCUGUUCUUGAGUGGUAUGAGGGAUGAGAUUGUGCCGCCGUCGCACAUGAAGGAGCUCUUCAAACUUGCCAAGACGCCGCAAGUGAUGUGGAAGGAGUUACCUUAUGGUGAUCACAAUAGUACCGUGGCAGAACCUGGCUACUUCCAGUACAUUGAGGAGUUUCUGCAGCGAUAUGUGACGAGCUCGUAACGGGCAUCCAACAUGUCAGGAGCAGAGACCGCUGUAGGACUCGGGUAUUAGAACGUGCAAUGUAGCCUGCCUCAGUAGCGAUGCGAGCUUUGACACAUGACCAAGUGGAAAGAGCGAGCUCAUAACUGAUGCGAAUCACAUGCGCCAUACAUGUACUUUUCACACAAGCCUGAAGAUGCCGUGAUAAAAAACUUCACACUCACAACACAUGUACUUCUUAAACGAUGGUAAUCACUGCAGGCAAACAAAGAGCAUUUUUAAUCAAUC